AUGCAAAUAUUGGGAGCCCUAACCAGGCCCGACUGCACACAAUCCUAUCAUCUGUUCUCCCCAAAUGUGCAAGCAUUCAUCAUCAUUUCUCAAUUUGAAAGCGGCUCACAAAUUUCAUGUUUAACUCUAAAUCAGCUUCGCUCGGCCAUGCUGGCCACUUUUGCGCCUGUGUUCGCUGAUUCUUUGUCGGCUACCGUUUCGACCCUGGUCGAUAAAAUGGACACAAAUCCUUCCGUUUUACUUCUCUUCCCUCAUGCUUGCCGCAUCUCUGAGUCCAUCAGUUUCAUCAAGAAAUUUCGGUCCAUCUAUGAACUUGACGGUUUAGAGUGUCUCCCAUGUGAUUCAAAUACUAUGAAAACUUUGGGAUUCUGCUUUUCUAAAUGUGAUUCUUAUAAGGGUUUUCGAGCGUCGCCGCAUAUGUUCCGCGUUGCUUGCAAGCUUUCUGAAUUAUGGGAAAGAAGUCGCACCUUCCGCGAUGACGAUACUUUGCAGGCUACGCAUAAUAACAGAAGCUCAUCUCUUCUAAUUGCUGGCCCCAAAGGAGCGGAGCAGUCCUCUCUACUCCGAUUUAUCAUUAAUUACUUCAUGACUGCUGCCCAACUGGAGCCCUCAACUCCAACACUUGAUCGUUGUAUUGCUGUUCUGGACUGUGUUGUUGGCCAGCCAGAGUUUACUCCCAAUGGUAUGAUUAGCCUCACUCUCGUUCGACGCCCGCCGUUCGGUCUCCAUUUUACGCAUUUAACCCUGUUAGAUCCUGCUUCUAUGUGUCAGUGUUUCGUCGGAUGCAUCAGCCCCUCAGGCAACCCCAAGUUUCACUUGCAAUGCUUGGUCCACAUAUAUGGUGCCCAUAAAGACCUACAGGAGCCUCGACCUCCUCUGCUUGUGAAUACGGUGGGCUGGACACAAGGGCUUGGUUUUGCUCUGUUGGUUGAACAGAUUCUGUUAACCAAACCUCAUGUUGUCGUGCAAAUCCAUCUGAAAGCAGAACAACCAGGAGUACGCCAGAAUCUUUCUAUGUUGGACCAAACCACUUUGCGCACAGCGCAGGGGUGGAAUUUCAAGGAUUUACCGCAAGAAGUAUUCAGACACAAAUUAGUGAUUAUUCCGUCGAUGUCCUUCCUUGGGACGCGUGAUCGAGUUCAGUAUGAAGCCCCGAUCAUCUUGAUCUGA